AGUUACUGCCAAGCGCAGUGAAGUUUUGCCGUUAGACUGCGUGAGGAGGGAGGGAGAGAAGAGUUCGGGGAACCGGGCCGCGCCUUUGGAGCCGGAUGGUUUUUUGGUACAAGAAGGAAAUUUUGAACAAGCAGAAAAACCUGAAGCUGAUGGACAUUGUAUGGGCCACAGGCAGGGAUGGUGGGCUAUGACCCCAGAGCAGACGGCAGGAAUGUCUCCAAUCUCGAGGUGGCCGUGGCUGGGUCUGUGUCUGGACUUGUCACUCGGGUGCUGAUCAGCCCCUUGGAUGUCAUCAAGAUCCGUUUCCAGCUUCAGAUUGAGCGCCUUUCUCGCAGUGACCCCAACGCGAAAUACCACGGGAUCCUGCAGGCUGGGAGACAGAUUUUGCAAGAGGAGGGCCCAACAGCAUUCUGGAAAGGACACAUCCCAGCCCAGCUUCUCUCCAUAGGCUAUGGAGCUGUCCAAUUUUUGUCGUUUGAAGUGCUCACCGAGCUGGUGCACAGGGCCAGCGUGCGCGACGCCCGAGACUUCUCCGUGCAUUUUGUGUGUGGCGGCCUGUCUGCCUGUGUGGCCACCCUCGCCGUACAUCCUGUGGACGUGCUACGCACCCGCUUUGCAGCGCAGGGUGAGCCCAGGGUCUAUAAAACCCUGCGAAACGCCGUGGUGACCAUGUACAGGACCGAAGGCCCCUUGGUCUUCUACAAAGGCUUGAACCCCACCUUGAUCGCCAUCUUCCCCUACGCUGGGUUCCAGUUCUCCUUCUACAGCUCCUUGAAGCACGCGUAUGAGUGGGCCAUGCCAGCUGAAGGAAAGAAAAACGGAAACUUCAAAAACCUGCUUUGUGGCAGUGGAGCUGGAGUCAUCAGCAAGACCCUCACGUAUCCCCUGGACCUCUUCAAGAAGCGGCUUCAGGUUGGAGGGUUUGAGCAGGCCCGAGCCUCCUUUGGCCAGGUGCGAAGCUACAAGGGCCUCCUGGAUUGCGCCAGGCAGGUGCUGCGAGAGGAGGGUGCACAGGGCUGCUUCAAAGGCCUGGCCCCCAGCCUGCUGAAGGCUGCCCUCUCCACCGGCUUUGUGUUCUUCUGGUACGAGCUCUUCUGUAACCUCUUCCACCACAUGAAGAAGGCAGACAGCUAGCCUCGAGGGCAGGAAGGGUGGCCUGAGGUCCUUCCCUGGAGGGGCCCUCGUGAAGAACGCUUGAGCUACCAUCCCGUGUUGCACUGAGAGGUGUUGCCCGGCCCCUCCCUCCAGGCCAGCUGUCCUGGGCAUGAAGAGCCGUCGGCAGCAGCCUGGAUUCCACCAGAAGGGCAAAGGGGGUUCUCCACGGGAGAGCACGGGGCGAACGCAGGACUUGGUCUGCGGGGACCCAGCCCCGCCAGUCAGAAGGGGCUGGACGUUUCUCCUCUGUGUGGCGCACACUCAGGACAACAGCUGCCCUCCGGCACGCCUUCGCUCCGGCUGCCCAGAGAACUCUCCUGCGUCUGGGUGGGCCGCAGCUUGAGUGUGAGGCUGGGGUCAGUCCUUUACAGGGGUCUGGUCCCCACACCUGGGUUCUUACUCCCACCAAUUAUUUAAUAGACAUUAAAACUAAAAACACAUUCCUUAUCUGACUCCUCCAUCUUCCCUUCCAAAUCACAUCCCUUCUCCCCAAGUAUGAGGGAAGGGAUCCCUGCCUUCCCUAAACUCUACUUUUCUCAGCAGUUGCAUUCCUCAGGCAGCUUUGCUUCUAGCUCUGGGGGAAGAAUCCCAGCUGAAUCAGUCACUUUAUAAACUCCACCCUGCUCAGAUCUUCAUGUCUAUAAAGGCACCACUCGGGCUGUUCUCUCCCUGGACAGGCUGGUCGCAGCCCGUGGGCCUCUAGGGAAAGCAGACCCCAGCAGCCCCACAGGCAGUGGGGGGAUGUGCUGACGGGGAGGGGGCGCCGGUAAAGGCAGCAGCCCUUUUCCCGUCUACUGGGGUCACUCCUCUUUCCCUGUGGGCUGGGCUAGCCCUCCUGGGUGGGUGGGAGCUUACAGCUGGGCCAGUGAGCACCUGCUGCCCGCUCAGGGCGCUCCUGCUGGGUCUGGCGUGGUGCCGUGUGCGUCCUCUGUGGUCCCGGGAAGAGGGGGUUGUGCAGGCAGCCUGCUGCAUGCACAGUUGGUGCUCCGGGAGUUGUCAGGGCACAGGAACCCACGACAGACACCCAUCGAGGCCCGGUUAGGGGUAUGAGAGGAGGAAAAUCUACAGAACACACCCACCACUUUCCACCCCAGGGGAGCCUGGCCUGAGAGGUUGGCUGUGCAGGGGGAGCCCCGUGCAGGACUUAGAGCCUGACCUCGCCUCAGCCCCGGCUCCAGCCUUUGAGCAGGUCUUGGGUGGGUGUCAUGGCUCUCGGUCCCCAUGGAUCCUGGGCCCUUUCUCACCAUUACUGUUUCGUCCCUGGUCUGGGGCUUUGUGAUGUGUCUGGUCCCCAUAAUCCUGAAGCCUCCCUGCUCUUGGGCGCUAAUUAAGAAGGUUCACCUGUGGCUGGAGGGCUCCCACACCCACAGGUUUUUUGGCAGGCAAGGCUUGCAACUGCCUGGAUGUAUUUUUUGUGAAAUUCCACUGAAGUAAACUUUGUUCUCUUCAGCUCUCCCACUCACUGGUUUCUUUCGCUGCAGCUGGGAUUGUCUUCCUCGUUCAUUUUCUGGUGACCGCUUUGGCAGCUCUUAGAACAGGAGGAGCGAGCUUUGGAUACAGGAGACCGCCGUCAGCACUUCCUUCUCGUCUAAGUGAUGGGACGAGACGGUUCUUUUCCAACCUCUUCUGUAUGCUCUCCUGCAACCCAGGGCUGACCUCAGAGGUGGCCCUGUCUGGGCUGCUGGGCCCGCGCCUCACCCCCUUGUCCCUCCAGGGACAAGACACUUCCCUGGAGUGUCUUGUCCCGACCAAGACGGACUGGGCCAGGGGCUUGCUCAACCUCAGGGUCUCUCCCAACACCUUGGGCGCCGCAAGUUGGCAACUGGGAUCCUUUCUCUUGGGCUGGCCCAUUGAUUUUCAACUUAUUUUACCAAUAUCGUUUGUACUUGGAGUAGGAGAGCGGCUUAGUGGGACUUGAUCCUCAAAGCCCUUACGACCUCCCUGCCUUCUCCGCUUUGGGGGGAGGGGGUGGGAGUGGGGAGCACACGGCCACCACCUGUUAAGUCCUGCCCCUCCAGCCCUCUUCUCUGCCCUCCCACCUUUCUCCCUCCCGCUGCCCGGCUGCGGACCACGCCCUCCGCAGGCCCCUCCCACGCCGCGCGGCCGGGCCAGUCCCCUGACCCCGUUUUAACCUGAGCUCUAGCGUGGGGCGGGGAGAGGGAUAGUGUUAGCGCUCAAGACCCAGGGCUUAAUGCGGGCUGAGGAGCAGGUCCACCCCAGUACCGAGGAGCCGGUGUGGUCCCGGAUAGCCCGUGGGAGAGCCGGGUGCUGUCAUUAGUCCCAACCUCGGAAAGAGCUGCUGCAGCUGGAUGGUCAUGGGGGAGCCCAGGAGAGAGGAGUAUAAAAUGCAGUCUUUUGAUGCAGCGACACAGCAGCUGCUGAAGACAGCCCUCAAAGGUGAACAACAUGCCCAUGAUGGCCCUGGUGAACCCCGUCUACGACUGCCUCUUCCGGCUGGCCCAGCCCGACAGUCUGAGCAAGGAGGAGGAGGUGGACUGCCUGGUGCUGCAGCUGCACCGGGUCGGAGAGCAGCUGGAGAAGAUGAAUGGGCAGCGCAUGGAUGAGCUCUUUGUCCUGAUCCGGGAUGGCUUCCUGCUCCCAACCGGCCUCAGC